UACAUUUUAAUAGGUAGGAACAAGAAAUACUACUUAUCUACAACCAUCAGACCCAACGUGAGUGGGAUCAUCUCAACAUGGAUUAACAAAAUACAGCAGCAGUUAUUAAACCUAGUCCUUCUUCGGGACCAACAGAUACCACAUUUACUGGAUCAGCAGGGCCGACCAAAUCAUGGUUACAAGAUCGCUACAGGUCCAAGUGUACUCCCUGGCGUUCUUCACUUACUUUGGGUUCUAUGUGUCACGAGAACCGUACAGUCUGGUUAAGAUGACCCUGCUCAAGACCUGGGCUCCCUUCAACGGUCCUGACGGUUGGUUGCUACUCGGACUUCUUGACACUGCCGGUCUUGCAACUUAUGCAAUUGGGAUCUUCAUCGUGGGCUACUUAUGUGAAAAGUUCAACUGUAAGCAUGUUUUAAUAAUUGGAUGUUUUGCUGCCGGAAUCACGACCAUUUUCUACGGAAUGGCCAACUAUUGGAACGUCCACAACUAUUGGUAUUUCCUCGUCUUCAGGAUGCUGAAUGGAUUCGCUGAAGCGUUUGGAUAUCCCACCCUGAUAAAGAUGCUAGAUCACUACUUCUGUCACGAGGUAGCCAGGGAUUUCAUUAUGACUGCUUUCGGGAGUUGCAAGUUUUUAGGGAUAAUCAUAGGGUGUGUGAUAUCAAGUCUCAGCGUAUCUUUCUCUGACAAAUGGGGAACAUGUUUUAUUCUGUGUGGUCUGGUACUAAUAGCUAUCGGAGUGUUGGAUAUGUUCCUCUUACCCAGCCUCCCGCCCAACUCAGCACCUCUUGUGGAUGAAACGACACCGAUAUUAGCAAAUAAAGAUCAGAAAGAUGUUAGCUCUACAAAUGAGGCCGAGAACGUUAAAGAACCCCAGGAUGGCACAGCUCCAAUAAUUCAGACUGAUGGACAAACGUCUGAAACAAGGCAGCAGGAGAAUCUGGGGAACAAAGAAACCUUGUUGGAAGCACUUAGAUUGCCAGGGAUCAUAGAAUAUGCAAUUCAUCUCUUCUUUGUAAAACUAAGUGUGUAUGUGCUCUACUAUUGGAUCCCCACGUGGUUCGAGUCCCUCACUCUGCAGGGUGUACAGAUAUCUUACGUGUUAUCCUGCUGGUUUACUGCUGUCUGGGGUCUCGGAGGGUGUGUAGGUACCCUUUUAAUUGGACUGGCGGUUUACCUGACCGAACUGUAUGGAGUGUUCAGCACAGCCUUCGCCGCCCUAGCUUCAGUAUUCAUUCUCUCCCUUUACUGGUACAGCACUCUCUCAACAGCCUCACUUGUUAUUUUCCUGGUUAUAUUACUUUGUGUGGGGAUCACACAGAACGGGCCGUACUCGUUAGCUAGCGCUUGCAUGCCGUCCGCUAUUAAUAGAAUGCAAACUGGGAGAAAUGAGAAACUUGUCGGCAUGGCUACGGGUAUAAUAGACGGCUUUGGUUCGGUGGGAGCAAUAUUCGGACCUCUCUCUGGAGCUAUUAUUCUACAGUGGACUACAUAUGGCUGGGGACUGGUCUUCCUCCUUGUAGCAGUGUCCAUGUUUGUCGCUGCUUCUGUUCUAUCACGCCAGGUUUAUUUAGAAUCAAAGAGGUGCCGUGCCGAACUUGAAGAAGUUAACUCGGAAGAGAUAUAGAAGUGUGUUUUCUGUGGUUUUAUAACAUGUUCAUUUUGUAAUGGUUUGUGGUCAGUAUAGUAGCAAUAUAAUUGAUGUUGAUCGGCAGAAUAAUUCUGAUAUAGGGUGAAAGUCACGACUGAGGCUACUAAAACGUCUACCUAAACAUCAUUUAAUAAUACAAUUGAUAGCUGUUAGGCGAAAAGAUAAUGAAGUAACACUCAUUAUUGAAGAUUUUUAAGAGGAAAAAAGAUAAGGAAGAUUAUUCGAAUAUUCCAUUACAGAUCGCUUUUUUAAAUUUUAGUUGUUUCUGAUGUUCUUUGAUGAUUUGUAAAUAUUUGACAAUUAUUCAAAUAUUAUAUAUGUUAAUGCAUCUUUUGGAGUAAUUUUAUCAUUGAAAUGAUCUAUGAUUGAGUUUUGAUGUAUAUUUACAAAUUCAUUCAUUCCCACAUCAAAGCCUACCAUCAAACC